ACAGCGGAAAGUGUAUUACUCAUGCGCAAAUGUAUCUCUGGGUACUGUCUUGGGGUGCAUGCGCAAAACGGUCGAUGGGGAUGUUGCGGGGCCUGUGCUGAGCCUCACUCACCCGUUCCAGUCAAGAGGAGGUUUUGUUUCAAUUUCUUUAUGAAUGCUUCAAGUUUGUUUAAUUCCACCAUCUUACUAACCAAAAUAAAUACAUUGUCUUGGAGGCCAUGGCUUUGGAGGCAGCAAAAGUUUUUAUCCCCCCGACUGGCUGUACCUUUAUUCCCGGUAGCAGGAAAGAAGAAUUCUUGUGAUCUUCUUGCACUAAGUGAAACAGACUUAGAAGAACAGUUUGUAAGAGGUGAUGGCCCAGGAGGUCAAGCAACUAAUAAGACAAGCAACUGUGUGGUCCUGAAGCAUAUUCCAUCUGGGAUCGUAGUCAAGUGUCAUCAAACUAGAUCAGUGGAGCUGAACCGACAGAGAGCCAGAGAAAUCCUGCAGCAAAAAGUUGACCUCUUUUACAAAGGUGAAAAUAGUAACAUUUUUAAAGAGAAAAGAGCAGCUGAGAAGAAAAAGCAAGAAAAGAAAAAAAGAGCAAAGGAGACUCUAGAAAAGAAAAGGCAUAUUAAAGAAAUGCAAGAAUCAGAUGCCAAAUAAGUGUGAGAGAAAAUAUCGAUUUGGCUUGUCAGGAAAAGAGAAGAGUGUUUGUCACUACCCUUGAAACAUGUGUUAGAAGUUUUCUGGCUUAAUACUGUUAUAAGACUUCAUAAUAAACACUAUUAAAAUGUUGAGUUUAGUGACCUGCUAUUAGUGCAAGGCUAAAGUAUUUAGCCCAACAUUAAUAGCAAUCAUAUAUUUCAUCUUCUACUGUGGACAUCCCAGUACACUCAAAUUCAAUAUAAUCAGUUCAUUUGUGCCAAGUUUAGGACAGGUGUGAUAAGAAAACAAGAUCCAUAAGACCUUAAUUAAAUAGAUGUUACAGGAAAACUCCAUCCAAUAUAGUUAAUGGAGGGGGGAAAAAUAAAACUCAAGCACAAAAGCAUUAGAGAUUGUGUCUAAAUCUUCUCACAGUGAGGGGAGAAUAUUCUCAGCUGAUUAAGUCAAAGAAUGAGGACUUCUCCUGAAACAUAGUCGGCCUUAUCCUAUAGUCCCUACUCAAGCAACUUUUUCAUUUAAAUCAGAAUCCCCUUUAUAAAUUACAGUAGACAGAUUGGAUGAGCUAUUUAAAAAAAACGUUUCUAGUAGGGUUGUCAAUUAAUUGCAGUUAAUGCAAGCGAUUAAUGCAAAACAAUUAACAUGAUUUUUUAACAAGAGUUAAUCGCACAGCUUUGUUUUGACCAUCUUCACUUACUGUACUACAUUACUUGGUGGACAUUGGCACAGUUCUACUGUGUUUUCAUGAUCUAGAGUGAUUAAAUAUCAGAAAAAGUAAAUGGAGCAAAGCAACAAAAGUUUAGGUCUUUUGAAUGGGAAGUUUAUUUUUAAG